AUGCGCGCACACAUUGUACUUGCUCUUUUCGUUGUAUUCUGGCGAUGUGAUUGUGGCUAUCGCUCACAAUAUGGGGGUGGAGGACAAUAUGGGGGUGGAGCAGGAUAUGGGGGUGGAGCACGAUACGGGGGUGGAGGAGGUGAUUCUUAUGUACUACCACAAGCACCAGUGCAACAACCUAUACCGUCGUAUUCCCCGCCUGCACCACAAUAUCCACCUCCACAACCGCUUCCUCCUCCUCCGCCGCCGCCACCACCUCCACCACCACCGCGGCCAUCGUACACGCCACCAGUGGCAUCGCCACCCCUCGCCGGUCCGCCCGCAUCCUCUUACGGACAGGGACCUGUGGCACCAUCGCGACCAUCGUACGCGCCAGCAUCGCCACCUGUGGAAGUUCCAGCUGCUUCUUCUUAUGGACAAGGAGCUGUUGCACCAAUGCCGAGCGUGCCAGCAUCGCCACCUGUGGAAGUUCCAGCCGCUUCUUCCUAUGGACAAGGAGCUGUGGCACCAAUGCCGAGCGCGCCACCAUCGCCACCUGUGGAAGUUCCAGCUGCUUCUUCCUACGAGCAAGCACCUAUGGCAUCACCGCCUGCAAUAAGCACUGAAGGAAGCGAAGCCUCUUUCGUACCAGGACCAUCUUCGCCAGGUGGAGGUACCUAUGGCGGUAACUCCAUUACCUAUGGCGGAGAAGGUUCUUCUGGUGCAGGCGGAUACUCACAAGGAUUUCGCAAGAAAUAUCAAAGACGAUAUAAUUCGAAGAAAGUGUACCGCAAAGCUAAAAAAAUGAAGAUGCAACGCGUGAAUCGUGCACGUCAUGUACAAGCGGCAAAGAUAAUGCAAUAG